AUGUUCGCUUGGCUUAUUAGGAGGUGCAACAAGACACUGGAUGCUCAUGAUCUGUCUCGUGACUAUUUCAUUGGAGUGCUUGAUAUCGCCGGUUUUGAAAUUUUCGACCACAACUCUUUCGAACAACUUUGGAUCAACUUUGUCAACGAGAAGUUGCAACAAUUCUUCAAUCAUCAUAUGUUCGUUCUGGAACAGGAAGAGUAUUCCCGUGAAGGGAUUCAAUGGCAGUUCAUCGAUUUUGGUCUUGAUUUACAAGCAUGUAUCGAACUUAUUGAGAAGCCUCUUGGAGUUAUUUCGAUGCUUGAUGAAGAAUGUAUCGUGCCGAAAGCUAGCGAUAUGACCUUGGCCUCAAAGCUCAACGAUCAACAUCUUGGAAAACACCCAAAUUUCCAGAAACCUCGUCCACCAAAGGGGAAGCAGGCCGAAGCACACUUGGCCAUCGUUCACUUAUGCCGGCACUGUCCGAUACAAUGUGAAAGGAUGGACCCUCUGAAUGACACGGCUGUAUCAGUUCUGAAAGCUAACACUGGAAACCAGUUGAUGUCUGAGCUGUGGGCUGACUACAACACCCAAGAUGAUAUCGCAAGUCUCGGCAAGAAGGCUGCACCAUCUAAGAAAAAGGUAUGUCAUAAAUCUACUCGUUCUUCCAAAUUCUAG